UCCAGACCCGACACAAUUCUCGCUACACUCCAAAGGCUAUUUUUGGCUCAAGGGCCAGCUGAUAUAGGGGCUUUCGGCCCUCCCUGAUUUUUGUCCUUGUGCAGAGAUCGGUCUUGCAUGAGCUGUCAACCACAGGCUAAACCAGAUCUGGCUGAGCGUUUGAGUAGACCUCUGUUUUUACAGCAAGGUAAUGUAACAACACUGCUGACUGAUAAGUAGUUUACGAAGCGAGGCAGAUUCUUGACGGGAAAAUUACCCAUCUCGGUGAGAAAUUCUGAGGACUGAGAGUGCACUUUUUAUACUUCUGGCUGUCUAGAGAGGAUAUCGUCAGACUUUUAACCUCACGUCACUAACAAGGCCCAAGUCAUUGCGUAAAACGUUCAUUCGGCUCCGCAUCUCUGAAUCUACCAGUAAGUAAGACAGGAAUACUGGGUAUACUGACGCGCCUCGGCGGCUUCUAGGGAGGAUGGAGACGAACCCCAUCCCCGUCUUGACGGUUCAGACUACACCGUUCGAUGACCAACGGCCCGGUACAAACGGACUGCGACGGAAGACAGCCGUUUUUGAGGGCAAGAAGAACUACUUGCAGAACUAUAUUCAGAGCGUGCUGUCGUCCAUCGACUUGCGGGACAGGCAGGGAUGCACAAUGGUGGUUGGCAGUGACGGACGAUACUUCAGCCGGACGGCCACUGAGGUCAUAGUGCAGAUGGCGGCAGCAAACGGGAUUGGUCGACUGGUGAUUGGUCACAAUGGCCUUCUGUCUACCCCAGCAGUGUCCUGCAUCAUCAGGAAGAUCAAGGCCAUUGGUGGAAUCAUUCUUACAGCCAGUCACAAUCCAGGAGGCCCAGGGGGAGAUUUUGGGGUUAAAUUCAAUGUGGCAAAUGGAGGCCCCUCUCCGGACACAGUGAUGGAGAGAAUCCACCAGGUGAGCAGAACCUUGGAGGAGUACGCCAUCUGCCCCGACCUCCGCAUCGACCUCUCCAGACUGGGACGCCACGACUUUGACCUGGAGAACAAGUUUAAACCCUUUAGAGUGGAGAUCGUAGACUCAGUGGAGGUGUAUCUCAACCUACUUCGAACCAUCUUCGACUUUGGCGCCAUCAAGGACCUUCUGACUGGCUCGCAGCAGCUCAAGAUACGCAUAGACGCCAUGAGCGGAGUGAUGGGUCCAUACGUGCGGAGGGUGCUGUGUGAUGAGCUGGGGGCCCCUGCCAACUCUGCCGUCAACUGCGUCCCUCUGGAGGACUUUGGGGGCCGGCCUCCGGAGCCCAACCUCACCUGUGCUGCCCCGUUGGUCGAGGCCAUGAAGAGCGGGGACUUUGGCUUCGGGGCUGCGUUUGACGCCGACGGGGACCGAUACAUGAUCCUGGGUCAGAACGGCUUCUAUGUGAACCCAUCUGACUCUGUGGCUGUCAUGGCCGCCAACCUGUCUAGCAUCCCCUACUUCAGACAGCUGGGUCUCAGGGGGUUUGCCAGGAGCAUGGCCACCAGCACUGCCUUGGACAGGGUUGCCAAAGUCCUAAAGGUGGCGCUGUAUGAGACUCCGGCAGGCUGGAGGUUCUUUGGGAAUCUGAUGGACUCCGGUAGAUGUUCUCUGUGUGGAGAGGAGAGCUUCGGAACAGGUUCGGACCACAUCCGGGAGAAGGACGGCUUGUGGUCUGUGCUGGUGUGGCUGUCCAUCAUGGCUGCCAGGAAACAGGGCGUGGAGGAGAUUGUCAAGGAACACUGGGCCAAGCUGGGACGCAAUUACUUCUGCAGGUUUGACUAUGAGGGCCUGGAUCCGAGGACGGCCUACCACCUGAUGCGAGACCUGGAGGGGGUGAUCUCAGACAAGGCCUUCCCCAGCCAGAAGUUUGCUGUGGGGAACAACGUCUACAGGGUGGAGCGGGCUGAUAACUUUGAGUACAUCGACCCUGUGGAUGGUACCGUCUACCGGAACCAGGGUCUCCGCAUCGUCUUCACCGACGCCUCGCGCCUCAUCUUCCGUCUGAGUGGGAGUGGGGGCGGGGCCGGAGCCACCAUCCGGAUCUACGCCGAGAGCUUCGAGAGAGACCCUGAGAGGCACAGCAGAGAGACACAGGCGGUUUUGGGCCCUCUGAUCGCCAUUGCCCUCAAGAUCUCUGACAUCCACGAGAGGAGCGGACGUCGCGGCCCCUCCGUCAUCACCUGAGCUGCCACGCACACACACACACGCACACACGCACACACACACACACACACACUUGCACACAGACAAGAAUAUCGUUGUGUCCCCUCUAAUAUCAGCCUGCCUUGCCUUUAUUUUGCACCAAUGACCCUUUCCUGUCGGAUGGGAUCCUUUAAAAACAUGGUGCCGUGAGAGAUACAUGGAUUAUAUGCAUCAUUCUCAGAUUCAUGGAUAAAAGCAUUCAUAGAUAUAAUGUUGUUUCCUUUCAGUCAUCUGUCAGUAGUGACUCCUGUUAUGGGCUGAUGGUAUGAAAUGAUCUCAAUUCAAGUUCUACUCCAUGUCUUGAUAUUGUGUACGAGCGCUUGUGUCUUUUGUUUACUGGCACGUGUCUAUUGAGGGAACCGAAGGGAUUGAUUUUUGAAGGGAUUGAUUUUUGAAUACAUUAUUUUGUUAUACUUAGUUUUUUACACGGCCUCAUUAAAUGCCGCCACAUUUUAGGAUGUUGAACUCACAUGCACACUCAUUAACAUACUCCUUCACACACACCUCCAGCUCUCACACUAAAUAUGUACUGUAUGUCAAAUACAGACUGAACUAAUCACGAUCAAACUCUUCAAUUCAACUGUAAACAUUUAAAAUGCAACCACUUGCCAAGUUUGACAUCAGACAGUCAAACGGUCCAUAUUCUCAUGUGUGAUAUGAAAAAGAUAAGGCAUGGAGAUUAAACAGAUCUUUAUCUGAGAUUGAUGGCCGGUACCUGGUCCCAACCACAUACAUUUUGGGUGUGGUUGGGACCAGUUAAACCUGUUCGAUGAAACCACUGGUCUUUAUAUUGUAGCUGUUUGCUUUCACCAAGUUACACUCACAAAGGCUUUACGUGAUGGUAUUGGCUGAAUCGUUGAAAGGUUCUAGGUCUGUCUUUUCCACAGGAGAAACCACUACCAUUGUUUUAACUUUGUUUCAUUAGCCAGUUCUUCGUUUGUUUUUCAUGUCCGGAGGAAGCUAACGCUGUAUUUAAGUUUGUUUUUUGUACCCAAAUAAACCCUUAUCAUUUGAGUGUGAA